AUGGAAACAAAAAAAAGCGAAUCAGAAGGGGGCCGCGAAGCAAUUUGCCUGGACAAAUUUGGCAAAGGCAAAUUGACUCGAAGUUGUCACGUGUGCUUGGGCCCUAGAAGAGUUGCUGCGCCUGCUGAGCUCGUUGGAAAAAAACAUGACUUAACCGGACUCAGCGAUACGAACAACAAACAAAACAACAUGCCCAAAGCGUCAUUUCGCAAAUGCAAUCGUUUGAGGCCACAUGUCGAGAUUACGGAGGAAAUGAUAAAAGGCUCAAUCAAGAAUUCAUAA